GGGUCAUGCAUGUACAUGGCGCCGGAAGUGCACCGUAACAUGCCGUACAAUGAAAAAGUCGACGUGUUCAGCUUCGGAGUGCUCAUGUACGAGGUCUUUUCAAGGACGCUGCUGCUUGUCUCCGCGGUAUGGCGGGGGGGGGGGUACGCACAAUACGUGGCAGAGGGCUACCGGCCGCCCAAGCCGGUGGCCAUGCCUGAGCCUCUUUACGAACUGAUCAGCGCUUGCUGGGCGGACGAUCCGUGUUCCCGACCCAACAUGGCCGAUGUGGUGGAGACACUGAAGCUGCUGCAGGAUCGAUACGCGCCGCAGCCGCAGACCCCGGCGCCGUCGUGCGGUUGCGUCAUUUGCUAA